AUGGCGGCAUUGGAAAAUAUGGCUGCUGCUAUGCAAGCCACUGCGGCGGCUCUCGGGCAACAGCUGAAUAACAAUGGCAAUGGCGGAAAUGAGACUCAAGGCCCGAUGACGCUAGCAACCUUCUUAAAGCUGGUGCCUGAAGAGCAGUGCAUCGAGUUUACUACUUAUCUGCUCACCGAGGAAGCGUCGCAUUGGUGGCAGGGAACCCGACGUCUCAUACAGCAGGGCGAUGAUCCUAUCACCUGGGAUGCCUUCCAGGUAGAAUUCUACAAGAAGUACUUUCCAAAUUCUGCCCGAACGGCCAAGGAACUGGAGUUACUGCAGCUGAAGCAGGGUGCGAUGUCGGUAUCUGAGUAUACGGAUAAGUUUGAGGAGCUGUUCAGAUUUUUCCGCAUGUGCCAAGGGGCUCCGGGAGACUUCGAGAAGUGGAAGUGCAUCAAGUAUGAGGGAGGACUUCGGAGUGACAUCCUAAGCUCCGUUGGACCGAUGGAGAUUAGGGUCUUUUCCGAACUUGUGAACAAGAGCCGUGUCGCUGAAGAAUGUGUGAGGAAGGCUGCUGAAACAGAGAAUGACCACCGGGAGUCCCACUACAGGGAGCACAAUUCAGGAUUUGCGACAAGGGGUAAAGAGUUUAAGAGGAGAGGAUACCCACAGUGUUUUCCUCAAAAGCAGAAUAACUUUGCGACGAAUGAGGAAUCACAAGGAAAUGGUAAGGGAAAACAGACAGCGGCUGCUUCAGAUGUUUCGAGUUGUCAGAUAUGUGGACGUCGUCACCCAAAUAGGUUGUGUCAUUAUGGUUCGGGCUUGUGUUACAAUUGCGGGAAGUCAGGACAUUUGGUCAGAGAUUGCCCACACAGGAGGGACCGAGGUACUACUGGAUCCGAUCCUUAG